CUGGAAUUCUAUAUGUCAUUCGGUGUAAUCAAUACAUAUGAACAAUUAUUCGGUGGCCUCCCGAAUUAUCACUAUUCUUGACGGAAAAUUUCCCCGUUCUGGAGUGACAUUGGAGCAGACUUGGUCCCAUUGCCAAGUGGCGACACCGCGUCCUGCGUUUGUUCCAGAGAUGCAUCCCAAUCGGAACCCAAGCAUCAAUUUUGUCUUGUUCCCCCGAUUAAGAAUUGUCACUCAUCCCUCCACGUACAUGGGUCAGAAGAUAUCCGAUAUCCCUUUCGACCUUCUCUGAAUCCUUUUGACAGUUACGGAUUCGUGACAUUGACGACGGGACCUAAGACCGACUCGACCCAGUGAUUAGAGUAAUGCAUGAGUUCAAUGAGAUACUAGCAGUGGGGGACAAACCUCCGAACAGAAAUCCUGCAAGCUGUCGAGACAAAUCAUGAUGCGUCAUAUAUGAGUGUUUCUAAAAAAAUUU